GCAACUCCAACACCAAGUGAGGCCGCAACUCCAACACCAAGUGAGACCGCAAGUCCAUCACCAAGUGAGGCCGCAAGUCCAUCACCAAGUGAGGCCGCAAGUCCAUCACCAAGUGUGACCGCAAGUCCAUCCCCAAGUGAGGCCGCAACUCCAACACCAAGUAAGACCGCAAGUCCAUCCCCAAGUGAGGCCGCAACUCCAACACCAAGUGAGGCCGCAAGUACACCAACGACUGAGGCCACAACCCCAACAACGACCGAGGCCACAGGUCCAACGCCGAGUCCAUCAUCCCCUGCUGUGACUUGUAGCUGUAGUCGUCAAGCAGACUUCAUCAGAGGACAGUGCAUAUGCAGGAGGGGCUGGAGAGGGAAUGGGACAUUCUGCGAACCAAUCAAAGACACCUUGCAGAUCGAGCUGGUGGUUGUAGGGGAGAAAUGGCGCCCAGCACUGGCCGACUGUGGAUCUGUGGAUUUCCAGACAUUAGCAAAUAAAUUCUACAAAAUAAUAUGGGACUUCUACACGACUCACAACGUUGGCAUACUCAGCCUGGCGAUCAAUCGUUUCUACGACGGGAGCGUUCACGUGGUGCACACAGCGACUUUCAACAACCACACGGAGCACCACCACCUGAUAGAAAUGUUCGAUGACUUUGACAACGCCUCUGGUCUUCACUUUGACGGCCAUAGUGUGAUUGAGCUGUGUCAUGUCGGGUUCUGUGAGAAUGACGGAAAGUGCAGGGAAGUAGGCUAUGACCGAGUUUGCGAUUGUCCUUCGGGCUUUACUGGAUCAACUUGCGAAAAUGCAGAGCCUACAGGAUUUAGUAUUGCUGGUAUAGUGCUGUCCGCACUUGCAGCGUUCUUGCUGAUUUUGCUGCUGCUGCUACUCUGCCGGUACUUGUGGCUGAGAGCCCGUGGCAAAAAGUACACAGACGUCCGAGACGACACCAGUUCCAGCUCGGGCUCCGAUGGAAGGCCGCCCGUAGGGCAGCUGGUCGUGACGCGGUACUUCCCCGGAAGGGCCAACCUUCUCCGGGAUGUUCCAGAGGAAAAGACUCCUGAGCACGAUGAGAAACUGUACCAGGAGAUAUUCGGCAAGGACGAUGCAUUCAAAAUCAGCCGUCCUCGACACGCUUUUGUACCGCUGGACGACUAACACCUGAAGAUUAUUGUAAAAACAAAACUAGCAAAUUCAUUAGGCUUCUUAACGUGUUAUAACUGUUGUAUGCAGCGCAGUGGCAUAAAAAACAUGUUUAAGUCAAGCUGGCGAGUAAAUAAGUAUUAUAUGUAGUAAA